AUGCAUUGCAGUGGCUACAGCCCCAAGUCCCGGAAAGCCUGCAGUAAGGCUUCCAAAGAUGCUCACCUUGCGAAGUAUCUCGCCUCUGCAAGCCGUGCAAAGGCGUUGAAAGGAUUAGAGGCCAACACAGAACACCAGCAUAUCCAGUUCAACGACCUGGCCACACGCCUGCCGUCCAACGCCGAAAGGCUCAAUUGUGUUAUCGCACGCAACUUCCCGGGAUUAAACGCGGAGAACUUGCAACCUGCCGACUCAAACCACCGCCUUUUCUUCGCUGAGGAUACAACUGGAAACCCUCUUGCCAUGUGA